AUGUUUUGUUUCAUUUAUGGCAUUCUCUUGUGGUCCUUAGUAGUUCAAGCGCUGUCCUCCAACAUGUGGCCGCAUUGCUAUGAUUUACUCACAACUGUUGACGGUAAAUUUUUGAGGCACACUUACUACCAUCCAGAAGUCACGCUUCAAGAAUGCUUGAAUCUUGAGUGUGACGAGUUGAAUGAUAGUCAGGAUAGAAAACAGUGUCUGGAGCUUGAGGAAUUGGACAUUGAACCACUAGAUUUUUUGGAAAGGGAUAUAGAGUACACCUCACAAAUUGAUCAAGACGCCUUGGUUCAUAGGAGUUUCAGGUUUACUUCUGUAGAUCUAAGUAUUGGUGACGAUAGCCAGCUAAAUGAUUGGAAGCCAGUACGCAAGUAUAUCUCCCAAAAUGAGACUCACUACUACGAGUUUCCCAUAAACAAUACCAAUCCCGGUGUUUCUAGCAGUUUUGAUGCCUUAAUUUUUAUUACAGGUAAUAUAUGUUCAUUGCCAGAUACCGAUCUUGACGAAAAUGGACUAUCUCUGUAUUACACUUUCAAUCAGUCUGUCUUCUCAAUAGAGACUAUAGACCAAAUGACCAAAUUAGACUUCAGGCUGGGAUAUGUUCAAGCUCUUGCUUCUAAUCCAACAUCAGCUCCGUUUUCCACUCUGUAUGUUGCAAUGCAACCUAAUGAUGUUGGAACAAAUACUGUCUCAGGCCAAUGGACUUAUGAGUUGGGUAUCUCUCAAAAUGGUCUGGUCUUUCAAUGGGAUGAUCGUGCUUGGGCCCAUUUGCUUGAUGCUGAUGGUGAAUCUGCUUUACUAAUGACCGGUGCAUUAGAUACUGAUCUUUAUUCCAACAUUUCCGAUAUUGAUCCUGGCUUAACUGAUUCUUAUUCUCUUCAUCUCUUUGAUUACACCUAUAAGUCGACAUUUCAAAACUUGAAUAGAAGUUGGUGUGCUAUCAAAAGUGGUCCGGAACUAUCUAGCAUAUCCAUCAACACGUCAUUUGUUCAAAAGAAUGAAUCUAUUAGAGAACAAUUUUAUGUUCAAAAUCUGAAUUCGUCAUCCCAAUACAUUGCAUACUUAACUCAGAAUUCAGGAACUCAAAACUCUGACAGCGGCGGAACAGUUUUUCAUCAGUUUGAAUUCGAAACAAUGCUUGAAGAUACGUGCACGUUGAUCUAUGACUUGGAAUUUUGUAAUAACGUAGACUAUGCUGUCCCAAUGUCCAUGCAGUUUUUCGAUGGCUUGAUAUCUGCGACCGAGUUAGGAGCCUUGUAUGAUGAUUAUGCUAAGGAGCAUUACGAAAAUUUCACAAAAAGUUUGCAAAUUGUGCAAUGCGAUACAGAUGCUUCUUCAAGGUAUUCGCCUCUCCGAACUUGUCAAGAUUGUGCCAAUUCCUACCAAAACUGGCUGUGUUCCGUUUUGAUACCGAGGUGUACAACUAGAAACAAUACAAGUGGUUACAAGUACAGAACUACCUCUGACGGAAGAAAUAGCUUCAUCAACGAAGAAAUCCAGCCUCCCAAUCCAUAUUAUGAGAUUUUACCGUGUGUGGACAGCUGCAAUGCAAUAGUCAGGGAUUGUCCUGGCAGUUUUGGAUUUGUAUGCCCUACCACGAACGAAACAAUACGUGAAAGCUAUUAUUGGGAUGAAGGUGAAGAUUAUGUUAGCUGCAAUGCCCUGGGAUUUAUAGUGCAAAGCAGUGGUGCUAGAUUGUCAGUCAAACGGAAUCUUGAGGUAGUGAUAGCGUUGUGGAUUAUCAUUAUUUACAAGCUAUUAUGA